AUGUCAGCGUGCAAAGUAGGCUCCGACAAAGAGCCAAGCAGUGUCCCAGGCGAUACUAGAACUCUCAAGAGCCAAGUACUAGAAGCAGGGGCUUCUAUGGUCCAAGACUUCACACCAGUCAAGCAAAUCUGCGCACAUCUAAACGCAUUCCACGUCUACGCCAAUGAUCCCACCCGCUGUGUCGAGGCAAACCACUAUUGCACACAUCUAACAGAAGACGUCCGACAGUGCCUGAUAUACGACUCGCCAGGUACGAAAGCCCGCUUAAUCGGCAUCGAGUAUAUGAUCUCUCCACGAAUCUUUGAAACCCUUCCACCAGAUGAACGCAAGUUAUGGCAUACGCAUGAAUUUGAAGUGAAGAGUGGGAUGCUCAUAAUGCCCGCACCGACGGGUGUGCCUAGUUCAGUGUGGGAAGCGGCAGAGACGGCAGAGAUGCAUGAUAUUGCGCCGAUUUAUGGCAAAUCGUAUCAUUUAUGGCAGGUUGAUCGUGGAGACGUGGUGCCCAUGGGAGAACCACAGUUGAUGGGUAGUUUCACUACACCGGAGAACGUUGCGGUUGCCUGCCCGGGUGGAAUGGAUGAAUUGCUUCGAGCGAGAGAUGAGAGAUUCAAGGUGGAUUAUCGGAUAAAGGCGAAGAAGCGAGAAGGCAUCGCAGAUAUCCAGAAACAUCCAGGUAUGUCUCGUAUAACUAAAGUUCCAGAGCUUGUUGAAAGAAGGAAUGCACAUGCGCAGCUACACAUGGAGGGCUUCAUUCGAGCAGCGUUACGAACCACCCCGGGCAGCGUCGCCCGCGUCGCUAUCAAGAGCGCCAGUGUAUUUUGCGCCACCGUCCUCGUCUGGGAACAUGUCAUAACCAUACAACUCAGCGAAGGACCCUCGAUGUACCCGACCUUCAACCCUCGCGGCGAUUGGCUUCUCAUCUCACGAAUGCAUCGUUAUGGAAAGGGAAUCGAGGUUGGGGAUGUCGUGCGCUUCAAUCACCCAACUUUUCUGGGUGUUCAUGGCGCAAAGCGUGUUGUUGGAAUGCCUGGGGAUUUCGUCUGCCGGGAUCAAGCUUACAGCACUGGGGUUGGGGAGCAGCCUGAUAUGAUUCAGGUCCCCAAAGGCCAUGUAUUCGUGGUUGGCGACAACCUUCCUUGGUCACGCGAUUCGAGAAACUUUGGACCUCUACCUUUAGGUCUUAUAAACGGCAAGAUUAUCGCACGCAUAUGGCCUCCAUCGAAAAUGGAAUGGGUGCAAAAUACUAUGCAACCUGCGGAGUUGGACUAG